ACGUUGUGUGUGAGUGGAGCGCGUGUCAAAUGAGUGCGCAGGUAGGUCAGGGACGGCUGGUAUGGGUGAGCUGUUUAUAAGCCACAGACUUUUGCAAACUAUACUUCUUUGGCUGUUGCAGGAAUAACACGGUUUGCUAACAAUGCCAGUUCGUUCCAUUUACCACGUUAGCAUUAAAGUGUGUAUUUGUUUCGGCCGUAACGUUAGCGUUACUCGCCGCUUUUGCUAGCAUAUAUCUCAAUAACGUUAGCCAUGUCGAGUCAUAACCUUCCACCGGUACGGCAUUUACCUCACUGGACUCGAGUCGGGACUCUCGGGAAGUCUUGCUCUCCGCCGCAUUUACCGGCGAUCCACCAGCAACAGCUGCGCGUCCCGCCGCCGGCGAGCAGAGGGGCGACCCGGGCAGCAGAGGUGACCUGUCGCGGCGACGUGGACCCCCGCGUCGCGUCCAUGCAGAAGAAUAUCCAGUUCCUUCAGCAACAACACACGGGCACCCUCCAGAAGCUCCACGCAGAGAUCGAGUAUCUCAGGAGGGAGAAUAAAGAGUUGCAGUACAAGCUGAUAAUGGAGCCUCCAAAGUCAAGUAGAAAAGGGAUGACAUACAGUCGGAGAGGCAAUAGACCACCCACUCAGGGAAGUGAAGCUCGUACGGGCCUCUACCUGGAGGAGCCGCUGCAGGACACACGAACCGCACAUGACCAAGCACUAAGCAGCAAAGAUGGCAGCGAUAGUCUGUGCUCUUCCCGUCAGGACUACGGGCCGGACGUGAAAGGGGGCCUCAUCACCUCAUUGCAGCCGCUACGCAUCCACAGCAACCCCUCCCACCCACCGCGUGCUCCCACGCUACAGGAGUGUGAGGUCAUCAUCCGCCAGCUCUACAAUGCUAACAGUUUACAGUCUCAGGAAAUUAUUCGUGUGAAGGCGUUGCUGAGAGAUAUCGUUUUGAGCAAGAAAAUCACCCCAGAAAACUACAUUCUCACCAAGGCCUACCUUGUUGAUGGUACCCGCAAAUCUUCUGAAGACAAUAAACUUCCAAAGCUUGGUGUUCAAACAUAUCCGGAGAAAACGUUUGGACCCUCUCGGUCUGCGGUGGUCCUCCCGGCCCUCAAACAGAGCCUUAGCUCCAGCAUGGCAGAGAGGCAGAGGAGGACGCGCGCUGUGCAGAGGGACCGCUUCAAAAGGACGGUGCAUUGACAGGAUGAAAAAAAUAAUCUAAUCAACUGUUAAAACAGCUAACUGUUGAGAAAGUCCAUCGGUGGACACAACCAAAGUAAAGCCUUUAAAAGCACAUGCAAUAAAUUAAAAAGGAAGGACUUGUUAGCCUUAUUUCUCCGACACUUUUUGUCUUGGUUUGUAUUCAUGUUGUAUGGAGCGUUGUCCCGCUUUAACUGGCCAGGACGUUACCACUCAUCCACUUGCAGUACAGCUUCACACAGCAAUACAAAACUCUUAAAUUGGACAAUAAAAGCACUGUACUGUUAUAUUUUUUUCAGAUUUCAACAACAAGGCAAUUCACCUUUUGGCAAUUGCGUGAACAUUUCUUAGUGAGUUGGUGCAUAGUCGUGAGAAAAUACCAGAUUCAAAAGAAAAGCUUCAUUUUAUAGCAUAAAUCCAAAUGUAGCUUUGUGUUAUUCUCAGCGUACUCAACUCAACACAAGUUAUUUUACAUGAACAAAUUAGAAGGAAUGAGCUGUAAAGCUCUACAUUAAGCGAACCUAAAGCCGCAUCUCACAAGGCCAGUUGUCCUAUGUUUAAUUAAGUAAAUAACCGUGUGUGCAAACACUAGAUGGUGGUGUUUCUGAAGAACGUCCCAUGAGCGUAAAAUCAAAGACUAAAUAUGUUUGGCCACUUACACUAAUAGCUUACCUCAUUUCCAAACUGAUUGAUAUUCAUUACUACAGAAAGGCAAUUCUGUACAUGAUUACCCAAAGAAUCCAUACCGAAUGCAUGAAGGUUCAUGUUCAAUUGAAUGGUUUAACCCCCAUGCUUGUGAGAGGUCAACAGUAUGCAGCCCUCACUAUUAGCCCUCUUUCACUUUUGUUUCUGUGGAGGAAGAGGCCCUGUUUGUGUGGGUCCCUCCUAUUAUUUGCAUCACUGUGUUGUGGUGGGAAUUGGCAGGCGUGAGCCAUUAAGGCCCAGUGGGUGCGAAUCUAUUAACAUUCACACAGCGCUGCAGUGAUGAGAGCUGCUCCGGACCAGCUGCAGCCUCGUGAUGCAUGCUCACUGAAAACAGAGGUAACCAGAGGAACAGAGCUACAGCUUUAUAUAUUUUACUUUCAUUAAUUUGCAGAAGUUGACCCGCCACAUUGGACAGCUUGUGCUCAAUCCCAGUUUUCCAACAUACUCUUUGGUAUUGUAUCCCUCUUUAUACGCACUCCAUUUAAAUUCACACUCUCCCUUCCAGCGCAUUGUGCGGUGGGUUGCGGAGUUCCAAAUCAAUUUGGCACAGUUCUGUGCCAGAUGAUACUUAUGAGUUUAAAAUGAGAGGAAGUUACAGAACAAGGGGAAAUUAAAAAAGGGAAACGUGUAAAAGUGUUUACGGGUUGUGGCGCGUUGACUGAGCAAAUAUAUUGUACCUCAGACAUAUGAGCCACUCUUGAGGCUAAGCUACUAAAUAAUAGUAGUAUAAUAGGGUAUCAAUCAUAAAUAGUGACUUGCAGCAGUAUAAUCGUUUAAUAGGACAGUCAGGCAGCCGAGGAACCCCUCAAUGACAAUUGAGGUGCCCAAUGUGAUUGGGUGGGAAACUGUUGGCGGCCACGCAAUUAUCAUCACACCGUUAUUUGUAGGGAAGUUAAAAUUGUAAACACAUAUUUAAGUAAAAUGCAACUAUUUACGCCACUAAAUUUUAAAUUAGUGUUAUUACUUAGUUUGCACUAUAAGAUUUUAGAAUUAGAAAAACAAAGAAAGGUUGAAAUAAUUACCCCCACAGUCAACGUCAACAGCAAAAUGCUACUUGCACAUAAUGCUUCAGCAUUAACAGUUCAAUACUCAAACAUUAAAAAGUAAGACUCAUAGGAGCCACUUGACUGCAUGGACCGAGGUUCCUAAUCUGCUGCUACUUGUUGUGUUUUUAAAUGCAGGACUUUCACUUUAUGUAUUUUUCUUCUGUAGUAUUGCUACUUUCACCUAUGGUUUAUUUUGACUGAGAUCUACAGGAUAUGAAUGUAGAACAUAAUGUGGGAUGUAAUUGUUUGUGUUGUGUUUGUGUUGAAAGAAGUUGCACCAUGAUAAUAUUAAAUAAAUAUUGAAUUUAUUGUAAUUUAUGAUUUAAUGAGUGAGCUAACAAAGUGAAACACAUUACGCCUGUAGGGAUGUGCUGCUCUAAUAAAAACACCCGCAAU